AUGACUCUGGAUCUGCUAUUGAACAACGGAUACACCAUGGAUGACAUCCUGGUGUUCCGCAUCAACUACACUCGUCUCGCCUCGCUGCCCGAGGACGCUUGGCUAGAUGCCGUCACAGAGCUGAACGAGGUGCGCAACCACAUGAUAGAGCACGGCAUAGCGCACGGGGCGCGGUGGGUGCUGCCGCUGGACGGCAACCAUUUCUUCACGGCGGAGAUGUGGGGGUUCAUCCUCGCCGCUGCUUCCCGCCACGAGGCCGCCGGGAAGAAGAACCUCAAGAUCCCAGUGGCCAAGGUGGACGGCCCGCAGUCGCCCCUCUGGCUCAACGGCAGCACGCGCUACAGGGAUCUGCAGCCCCACGCGCCGCUGCAGUGGGAGGGGCACCUCGGCUUCAGAAACGACUCCCCCCACCGCUUCCACCCAGGUGUGUGUGCUGUGCUUUCCUGCUUCCACCCAGGUGUGUGUGCUGUGCUUUCCUGCUUCCACCCAGGUGUGUGUGCUGUGCUUUCCUGCUUCCACCCAGGUCUGGGGUACGGCCGACGGUGCAAGCUAGAAGCUAUGGAUCGAAUCUGCGGCACAGGGCUCUACUACGAAUGGCACGAGGCAUUCCGGGCACUGGGUCUACUGGAGCUCUACCACCCAGACUUCACCCCUCUCCAAGCAAACACGGGGGAGUGCGGGUGCAUGUGGGAGGUUGGGAGGGAGUAUCGAACCCGGCCGAUGAAGGAGUCUUUAGCGCGGGCGUGUGGGAUGAGCGUGCGGCUGUGGUAUUUUCCGUGCGACGGGAGGGGGGAGCAUGGCGGAGCUGUGACUAAGAACGAGUCGUAUGCGUUCACGCUGAGGUACACUGCACGGUCGAUACUGCGCGGGAAGAUACAGGCUGUGAUUGAGGCGACGAGGAAGGCGGGGAGAGGGAGAUGA